CUCAAGCCCAGCUGCUUCAAUACGUUACAAACCAUUUUCACAAUGAAGGUUUUCGCUGCAUUGCUGGUUGCCACUCUGGCUGUCGCUGCUCAGGGAUCCUACGUACAAUCCUCAUAUUGGCCAUCACACUCUGCUGGAUGGAAAUCCUGGAACAACGGCUGGAAUGGUCACCAAGUGGCUGCUUACCCUUACGCCAAAACGUGGGCCUCCUCUUGGCCAGCAUCCGGUUUGUACAACAACGCAUGGGAUGGAUAUUAUGGUGGCUACGAUAAGGUCAAUUCCUGGGCUCAACCAUGGGGAUCCUAUGGAGCUGGAUGGGGAUAUCAGAACUUUGCUAAGACUGUUGUUCCAUCGGUGAAAGUCGACUCGUGGGGUCUGCCAUGGGUAAGCUACGGAGCUGGUGCGUACGGUUGGGAUCAUCCGGAAGUCGUUAAGACCGUCGUUCCAGUAGCCAAGCAGGUUGCCUAUGUUGCUCCAGUAGAAAAGGUUCUUGUUCAGUCGAAAUGGUAAAUCCGAAAUGAUAUUCUUCAGAGCUGGUCUGAUUGGAAUAAUGAUAUGAUUGAAUUUGUAAUUGUUGAUUGAUACAAAUUAAUUUAAACUAAAAUAUGUAUAUUUAAACGCACAGUACUUUUUU